AUGGAGGCCGUCACGACAAAGACGCAGACUCGCACUCUGCCGAUUCUAGCUGCCAAGGUGACGCCGACUUUGCCUCUGCUACCAGGCGAUACGCUCGAGUCGAAUUACUACGUUUAUUUCUUCUCUGAUAUCAUCAGCCAGUUGGAGAUCACGCCGUAUCUGAACAGAGAGUUCUGGAAUAGGAAUAUUCUUGUUCCGAGCCAGAGUAGCGAGUGCGUUCGACAUGCGGUGCUGGCUUUGGGAGCGACGCAUUGGCAGUAUUCGGCGCGGAACGAAUUAUCAGCUGCGUCGCUUGAUCGAUUCGUUUUGAAGCAUUAUAACGAAGCUAUAUCGAAACUUACAAGCAGCCAAGAGUCACCGCCGGAUAUGUCCACGGUCCUGACAUGUUGCAUAUUAUUCGUUAUUCUUGAGAGUCUUCGUGGGGACUUUGGCGAGGCAAUUCGACAUCUUGAGUCCGGAACUAGAAUCCUCACAAACCAUGUCCCAAAAACAUACUUCCCCAACCGCGAUUUCCAAGAACUAGCUGCAAUAUUCCACGCAAUCGCCUCACAAGUCGCCAUCUUCUCACCCGAGCGCGUAUUCCCAGACGUGACGCAUCUCCUAAUGCCAGCGGCAAAAAAGCAAAAGCGAAUCGAGGGAGAAUUCAGAAAUCUCGAUGAAGCAGAAGAUGUCAUGAAUAAGUUUGACGACAUGGUGAAUCAUAUUUCAUGGGAUCUUGAUCAGGAAUGGGAGAAUGAAGAGUCAGAAUGUAACACGCAAUGGUCGAUAUUACGAGAAAACGUACAAACAUGGCAAUGCCAGUUCGAAGUACUGCUUAACAAGUUAUCAGCUGGCAAGGAGCCUAUUGACAGCGAAAAGGUUCUUAAUCUGCGGAUACAGCAUAAACUAUGGGAACUUCUCAUCGAGGAACAAUCCUCCGUCGACGAAGACGUGGAAGCCCAUCUUGAUCCCGCCGAGUGCAAUAUUCUGCUCGAUCAGCUGGAGAAACUAUGGUGUAACCCAUCGCGACCACGCUUCGGUCUCAAAAUCGACCUCACAGCAGCUUUAUUCCAGCUCUACGUGUACUGCACGGAUGAAAAUGAUUAUAUUCAUGUUGAGAGCGCAGAGCAGGAGGGAGAUAAUUUGGGACAGUGGGCAGUUGGCGGAUUUUCUGGAGAAUGA